GUUGUCAAAUUAUUGCUGUCAUUGUCAGUCAAUUUAGUUUUGUUAUUGUUUAGGUUAGCUUGUGUGUGUUUUCCUUUUAUUUUAAAAGUGCAAGAAAGCAUUUUAUAAUUAUCAGUGAUCUUUGUUCCUUAGUACAAACGAAUUCGAAAAAUAUUAGACUGAAGAUGAUUGAAUUAUUUGAACUAUCAAAACGUCUGCUCACACGUUUAAAAACUGUGCUAGAGUCAGGGAGUGUGGGGAACGCUUCAUCGUCUGAUGAAGAAUUGGAACAGUGGGAACAAAUAUUCAUGAUGCGAGAUGAAAACGGAAAUAGUUACAACGACAAGAGAAAAAAGCGUAGUAUAUGGUGUCGUCCAUCUUGUAUACCGGUGUCAAUAGUGAUAUUGCUGAUUGUGCUGGUGGUUUUAGUACCAUUACUUGAUCAGCCUAACGUUGUGCAGUUGGCCACUCCCAGCACUCCCAUAACCUUGCAUUGCUCAGAUGAGUGUAGGCUAUCUUUAGUAGAAAGUAUACCAGAGGGACACAUGUAUCCUCCCAAUAUGACACACAUAUCUACAAAAAAUGUGUGGUUAGAUUUAAUAGAUGAAGCUCAAACAUCUAUAGAAAUAGCAUCCUUUUACUGGAGUCUUAGGUUUAAUGAAGAAUAUCCAUAUAAUUCCUCAAUUGAGGGUGAACAAGUGUUCCAAGCUUUAUAUGCAGCUGGGUCAAAACGAAAUAUUAAUUUGAAAAUUGCUCAAAAUUGGCCCACUAAGUUAUAUCCUAAUAUAGAUACUGAUUAUUUAGUUAAGAAAAAAGCUGCCCAGGUACGGAGUUUGAACUUUUCAAAGCUCCUUGGAAACGGAGUAUUACAUACGAAAUUUUGGAUUGUAGAUAGAACACAUUUUUAUAUUGGUAGUGCCAACAUGGACUGGAGGUCGCUCACUCAGGUCAAAGAGCUGGGUAUAGUCGCAUACAACUGUUCCUGUCUCGCCACAGACUUGGGAAAGAUAUUUGACGUGUACUGGAGUCUCGGAGCUCCAGACGCAGUAGUUCCGGACAGCUGGCCAGCGGAACUGGCCACGGAUAUCAAUAUGGCCCAUCCCAUAAACAUCACCGACUCCCAUCGUGCAUAUGGCGCGUACAUCACGAGUUCUCCACCGCCGUUUAAUCCUACGGGCCGAACGAACGACGACGACGCCAUCGUGUCUAUAAUGGAAGCAGCCGAGGAGUUCAUCUACAUAUCAGUGAUGGACUACGCUCCGGCUCUUGAGUUCGCACCCAAGUUGAAAUUCUGGCCAAAAAUAGAUGACGCAAUACGUCGUGCAGCUCUCGAGCACAGAGUGAAAGUGAAGAUGUUGAUCAGCUGGUGGAAACAUUCUCACCCAUCCGAGGUCUACUUCCUGCGGUCCCUGAUAGCACUCACGAAGUCUUACCCGCGCGUCGAUAUACAAAUUAAACGCUUCGUGGUACCUUCUACGCCCGAUCAGGAGAAGAUUCCGUAUGCCCGCGUUAAUCACAACAAAUACAUGGUGACCGAUAAAACUGCAUACAUUGGGACUUCCAAUUGGUCAGGCGAUUACUUCGUAGACACAGCCGGCGUAGCGUUCGUAUUCCAAGACGAAUCCCAUGGAAUAAUCCAGAAUGUCACACAGGAUAUAAGGAGGGAGCUUCAAGAUGUGUUCGAACGAGAUUGGACUUCCCCUUAUGCUGUUCCGUUAAGGUUAUAGCAUCUUAUUGCGUUGAAUUAGAGUUCGGUUUGCGUUACAAGUUUGGACACAAACUAUAGUCGAAUAAACUUGCUCAAUAUGAAGUUUGAUGUCAACUGCAUUUAAGGGUUGGUGCACAACUGACUGAUUUAUCUCGUCUCAUCGAUCGCGAGAAUUGCUACUUGACAAUAAAUUAUGAAAUUUGUUGGAAAUGGUAACUUUAUGUAAACAACAAAUAUGUAGUAUUUUUUUGUUUUAAAAUAAUUUAACUUUUGCAAAAUUAACUUGCGAUUUAUCAUUUGUACUUUUGACGUCACAGUUUAAUAAACUAUAUGACUUGAAAUGUCAGGUGACUGAUUGUUUUCGCGGGAAUAUUUAAAUUAAUGAAUAAAAAUAUGUUUUUCUGCGUUUAAUAACACUAUUUGGAGAUAAAUCUAAUGGUGGUUUAAUAUGUUCUUUAUAUUGAAUUUUAAAAUGCUUUUAGCAUUAAAAACAAGUAGCCAAUUGACAAAUCAGAUGACAUUAAACCUUGCACGCUCAACUGAUGAUCCGUCGCGUACUUGCGCAAUUUCCAUGAGACGUUCGACGGAUUUUCAAUCUGAUUUACAUUGACUCUAAUUUUUAUUUAGAUAUUUAUGCGACUUAAUAUUAUAUAAGAUAACUUUAAGAUAUUAUGUAUUGGAAAAUGUUUGGCUGUGUUAAAAUAUUAAUUUUGGCGAUAUAACUAAUUAACAUGUGCCAAUGAUAUUUUAAUUAUAAGAUUAUUUAAACAGUUGCACGCUAUUCGACUAUAGAUUUGUAAGUAUUUUCAUUUUUAUUACUAACGUUAUACGGUUGAAUCUUAUUUAGCAAAGCUGUUGAACAUCUUUCUUCCAAUGAUUGGAAUUGCAUUGAUUAUUUAUUAAUUUUAAAGCAUGUAAUUUGAAAUGUUGAGCAUAGAUUGCGUAUAAACUUGGUCCUUUUAUAUGAAUAGGUAACAUUUUUAAACUUCACGAAACUUGUACAGAAUAUAUAAAGUAAAAUAUAAAUAAUGCUAAAUUUAAUCUACUGUAAAAGUAUUAAUAGAGUUAAUUAUCUGUAUUAUUAUUAUGCCUGUGUAUGGUAACGAUGCUAAAGCUAUGAUUAUCUUUUUGCCUGUGAAUUUUUUAACGUUAAUAAUUCGAAUAUUUAAUUGAACUGACUGCAUCAUUGAUCAUAUACCUAAAACAAGUAGAUAUGUGUAAAAAUACAUAUGCAUCUGUUGAAAUUCAAAUUAAGACGGCAACGUAACCAGUGGUAACGCUGGAACGUGGAUUUGGUCGCGUCUCGUAAAUAACACCGCUAGUGUCUCAUUUACACUGGUCGGUGCGGGUGAUUUUGAUUUAUUUACCAAUGAAGUCCACCUUUUUACAUUUUAUACAUAGUUUUGACGUAGGAAGCCCCCACUCCUCAACUUUAGUGCCUAUCAUAGCAAUUUAUUGUUAAAUUGAUGCAGAAAAAUUACUUAUCUAAAUGAUUUUCUAUCAUCUGACCGACGGACUAAAUAGAAUUUAUUUUUUUACCAAGGAACCAUUUCCAUUACAAAAACCAUCAUAAAACAAAAUGACUGGCAAACUUACCAUACAUAAGCAUAAUUAAUUGCCAUAUGUCUCGUAUAUGAUCCUGUGUGCCUUCGAUUUUGUGUGAUAAGAGUGCUUAUAUCUUGUGAAAAUUCUAAAUUUGAUGAGUUUUUUUAUAUCUUUACGCGUUUGAUGCGUAUCAUAAUGUAAAUAGUACUGUUUCUUAUGUUGUGAUUACGUGGAAUUUUCCUAUAAAAAAUGUAUAACUUACGUCUUUCUAGUUAGGAUUAUUCUAAGAUUGUAAAAGCAAACUAUAUUCCAGUAUAGCAAUAAAUUUGUGGAUUUACUGAAUAAUAUAUAGAAUAGUCAUAUCUUGUAUAAUAUUUUUUUCAGCAAAUUAGAAAUUGGUUAAUUAAAGUAUAAAAACGGUACCUUCUUCCUUGAAUUUCUAAUGUCAGAGGUCGACAAACUAUUGUUUUCUUUGGAAUAGUGUACAAGUUAAAAACUCAAACAUUAUGAGACUAAGUUGAAAAAAGAUAAUAUAGUAUUUUCAAUAAUAUAUUUCUUUGACCCAGUGCCUAAAGGUCUCAUUAAUACUUUUUUGUUUAGUUUUAAAGUGCGGCUAAUCAAAGUUACCGAUCCCUGCAUGUUGCUGUCUUGCGUUCCCACAUGGGAAGUUUUUUUUGUCGAGUUCUUUAUAUAAGAUGUAAUAUUAAUAUGUACCAGGACUUCGUGGUUUAGUUCAGUGGAAUAUACUGAACAACUUUCACUAUGGGAUUUUGGAAUGAUGGAAUUCACGAAAAAUUAAUCAGCUGUUUCAUACUGUUGGCGAAUGUAGGUAUUGAAAUUUUGUAUGACAGCUCAUUAUUUUUUCCUGGAGCCAGUUGCUCCCAUAGUUAAAGUUGUUCAGUAUAUUUAAUUUAUCCACCCUACGAAAUAUUGGCACAUAAUAAUAUUACACCUUAUGUAGGUUUAUAUACAUACCUAUUACUUGUUGUACCUGUCUGUCAUCAACACACAGGUUAUAUAAAUCUGUCAAAUGUCCCCCCCACAUUUGAUUUUUAACCUGAAAUGCAGUCGUGUGUACAAUGGAACUAAUAAAAUGUAAAUAAUUUGUUUGGUGUAUAAGCUCCGGUUUCCGAAUCUACUGUUUUGUUAUUUCUCACUGCAUACUCCUUAUGGAAAAUAGCAGUUGAAUUUUAGCGUACUAGAAUUAAUUUUCUACUGUUAAAAUGUACGAAUAAGAUGGAUAAUAAAACAACGUAGCUAUUUAAUUUGUAAAUAAACACUUACGCAUUC